GCCAACACUGGUGCACACUGCAGCAUAGUGUAGAGGUGUCAGCAGUUACUGAGGCUCCCAUAGCUCCCAAGCCUGGCAUCACUAACAGGGGCCACAGAAACAGGCAUUACUGGGCAACUGCAAACUGGACCUCCAAUCUGCUAGAGCAUCCCCCCCUGAUCUGCAAGCAGGACAGUGAGAAAAUUGUGCACUGGGCUUCCAGCUACUGCAGAGAUGUGACUACCCUGUCUGAUACCAAGAGACCCCUUCAUAGACUGCAACCUCACAUCUGACUAAAAAUGAAAUCCCAUGCAGUUGCAGUCAUAUUUAUUUUCUUUGUUAUUGGCUAUGGCUCAUCUGAAAAUUCGACUACUUCUCGGGGUUGUGGGCUGGAUAUCUUCCCACGCUACGUCUACCUUUGCGAUCUGGACGCCAUCUGGGGGAUAGUUGUGGAAGCGGUUGCUGGCGCAGGUGUGUUAACAACCUUGUUGCUAAUGCUGAUUCUUCUAGUGAGGCUUCCUUUUAUUACUGAGAAAGAGAAGAAAAGUCCACUAGGAAUCCAUUUUCUCUUUUUGCUUGGAACCCUUGGACUGUUUGGUUUGGCUUUUGCAUUUAUUAUACAAGAAGAUGAAGCUAUCUGCUCUACCAGGAGAUUCUUAUGGGGAGUUCUGUUUUCUCUCUGUUUUUCAUGUUUGCUUGCUCAAGGUUGGAGGAUCCGUAGACUUGUCCGACAUGGUAAAAGCCCAUCUGGAUGGCAUCUUGUUGGGAUGGUCAUAUGUCUCAUGUUGGUUCAGGUAAUCAUUGCUGUAGAGUGGAUUAUCCUAACGGUGGUAAGAGACAAAAAGUUGGCUUGCAGUUAUGAACCAAUGGAUUUCGUAAUGGUUCUUAUUUACGUAAUGGUUCUGAUGAUACUUACCUUGGGUCUUUCACUUUUCACGCUUUGUGGGAAGUUUCAAAAAUGGAAAAAAAAUGGAAUAUGCCUUAUCAUUACAACUUUUCUUUCCAUUUUAAUUUGGGUAGCUUGGAUGACUAUGUACCUGUAUGGAAACAACGAACUCAAUAAAAAAGACCAAUGGAAUGACCCAACGUUGGCAAUUGCAUUGGUAUCUAGUGGGUGGGUAUUUCUUAUUUUUCAUGCAAUUAUUGAAGUCCACUGCACCAUACUACCAGCACCCCAAGAAAAUACAACAAAUUACUUUGAUACGUCUCAACCUCGGAUGCGUGAAACUCCUUUUGAGGAAGAUAUCCAGCUUCCUAGAAGCUACAUGGAAAACAAAGCGUUUUCUAUGGAUGAACAUAAUGCAGCCUUGAGAUCUGGGGUCUUUCGCAAUGGCAGUUUGGGAAGUAGGCCCAGCGCACCUUUUCGAAGUAAUGUUUAUCAACCCACUGAGAUGGCAGUUGUGUUAAACGGUGGAACAAUCCCAACUGCUCCUCCAAGUUAUAGCGGAAGACAUCUCUGGUGAAAGUCAGACUCGUAAAGAGUCUAUCACAAGUAUAACUCAUUGUCAUUGUGAGGGACGAUCAGUAACGAUAGCAGAACAACACUCAAGAGCACUCGUAAUCCUACCUAAUAGGGUUUAUCUAAUUCUGCACAGCUGUGACUGCUUGAAAUAACAGCUAAAGAUGGAUAUUGUCACAACAAACCUGAAGUUGUUUCACAAGCUCAUCAAGUCUGGUAUCGAGCACCUACUGCUUACAGAUGCCUUUAAGAUAUACGGAGAGCACUUCUGACUUGUUGCUUAAAGUGUCUGCAAAACUGACAUCUGAAAUCCUAUUUGACACUACUGCUAGUCCAGGAAGGGACGGCUGAGCACUGAUGUACUGUUUGAGACCCAACAAAAGCCGACAAACUUCAACAUCAUGAUCAUAACACAUUCAGCAAUAAAAGUUGCCUUGAUUAACCCCCUAAGCCCCUAGCACACCUUUUGUGGCAGCCAAGAGGUUAACAUAAAUAGUAUUUCCCCCUGAGUAUGAGCAUCUGUCUUUUGUGUAAGAUUUGGGGACUGAAAUAAGCUGGAAUAUGCUGCUUACAACAUCUUUCAAAUGUUUAGACUUGUGUAGGUACAGUCCCACAUUGGACCAAACUGAAUUACUGAUAAUGUAAUCUCUGAAAUACAGUACUAUAAUUAGGACACUCAUAUGAUAUUUUUAUUGUAAUUGCUGUAGCACAAAAUUCAGAAUAGGAGGGGAAAUUUAAUUGUCUUAAAUUAUACCAAAUUCAUUGCUAAAAGUAACUACCAGGGGCCGGAGAACCAAGAAUUCAAUACAGCCCAGAGUAUGUCAGAAUGUUUAUGCAAUACACCUAAGGAAUACUGUGUAGGGCAGGAGUGGCAAAUCUUGUUUAGAGUAUGAGCCCAUAUUGGAGUUAAGUUCCAAAACAAAUAUCUGAAAUGUCCACAAUACCUAUAUGAUAUAUAGCAUGGAUAUAAAAUAAAAAUAUUUUAUUAAGCACUACAAUUGCAGUCAGUAGAUUUGUUAUAUACAUCACUUUGGGCACUUGUAUCAUAGUUUCUUCACCCUUGAAAUAGGGAUUAACAAAGGGAGGAACCAAGAACGGCAAAAUCUAUUUAGAGUAAGGUUGUCAACUUUGUUAGAAAAGUUGAAAAAAAAAUACCAGCCAUAACGCCACUUUCCUUAUCCAGCAUAAUUCAGGGUGGUCCAUGGGAGGAGUUAAAACAGUCUGUGGGUGUGAAGGGAUUCAGGGGUGGAGUCAAUGUGACGUGUGGGUGUGGUCAACAGUUCAGAGCUAAGAAGGGCAUUUAUUGGUGGGUUUAUAAACCAGGACAUAAUAAACAGAAUAGGGUAACUCCAACUGGCCAGGUAUUUACAGAAUACCAGCUCAGGCAUGACAUUAAAAAUACCAACAGAAAUUAGAAGACAUUGAUGUUUGUUAUGGGCUACAGCCCCAGACUUUUUUGGAACCUGGUAAUGCCCUUACUUAAAGGGACACUGAGCCCAAAUUUUGUCUUUAACAAUUCAGAUAGAGCAUGCAAUUUUAAGCAACUUUCUAAUUUACUUCUAUUAUCAAUUGUUCUUCAUUCUCUUGCUAUCUUUAUUUGAAAAGAAGGCAUCUAAGCUUGUUUUGGGUUUCAGAACUUUGGACAGCAAUUUUUUAUUGGUGGAUGAAUUUAUCCACCAAUCAGCAAGGACAACCGAGGUUGUUCACCAAAAAUGGGCCGGCAUCUAAACUUACAUUCUUGCAUUUCAAAUAAAUAUGCCAAGAGAAUGAAGAAAAUUUUAUAAUAGGAGUAAAUUAGAAAGUUGAUUAAAAUAUCAUGCUCUAUCUGAAUCUUGAAAGAAAAAAAUUGGGUUCAGUGUCCCUUUAAUAUCCCUUUUAAAUUAUGUUUACCUGUGACCAAAAUGUCACCUAAAAUCAGGCCAGCAUCAAUAAUUUACUUUGGUCCUUAGUGGAACUGUACAGUUUAUAAAUAGGAUAUGAAAAAUAAAUAAAACUGUUAAUGUAGUUUAUUAGAAUUUAUUAUAAAUAAGAAAUAUGACUCUAACAUCUAUUUAUAAGGCAAGUUUUUAAUACAAUCACAAUUUUUCUGUAUGGAAAAAUAAAAAGAUAAUACAGGAGGAGAUUUUUUUUGCAGGAAGGAUCUGUGGUUACAAGUACAUCUCAUUUUACUCUGCUUUUUUUUGGGCUGUGUUUUUUUUAUUAUGGUUUAUAACAUUUUAUUGCAUUCAAUUCACGUACAUUCAUUUUCUUUCAUUUGUAAUAUUUUCAGGAUACAUUGUUUUUUAUAAUUUGUUUAAUUAACUUCUUGACUUUCAAACAGGGUGUAUUAAAGACUUUAUGGCUGCUCAUGAGUGACUAUGAAUCACCAAUACAAAUAUUAAAACAAUAUUUACAUUAUCACUGAGUUAAGGGGACAGUAAACACAUUGAGAUUUUUAUAUUAAAUGUUUAGUUUGUGUAAUGAAACAACUUUGCAAUGUACUUUCAUUUGUUUUCCCACUUUCAAUGUAAUUUAGCUCUGGAAACCAAGGAUUUUCUAAUUCUCAGAACUUGAAAUGCUGAAAUUCACCCUGCUGACUUCUCCAGGCUAAACCUGCUACAUAGUGUCCCCUAAUUGGUUUUAAGUUUAACUGAAAACAAGUCCAAAAAUUUUAUACUAACAAUAUGGCAGUGCCUAGCCUUCUUGUCUGCAGACCAAUGCCCAGAUUGGCUCCAGCAAAUAUGGCAAAUGGUGGUUGGAGGUUAGCUAUUGAAAAACAAUUGCAGUAGAAAGGAUCUUAAUUUGUUUUAGAAACAUUUAGACAUGGUUGAUGUGUUAUUCUAUAGCAACACAACAGAGAUGUCUUGUAAUUACAAGGUGAUUACCGUCCCUUUAAAAAGCUGGACACAAGUACAAUAACAUGGUAAAUACUCCCCAUUUCCUCUUGUGCCUCUUUCUCUUAAUGGUGCCAUUUGAACAAGCUCCACAUCUUCAUACUGAGCACCACCAUCUUAAAGUACUCUGUGACAGAAGUGGUGCACAUUAGAAUCAGUGACUGACAAAUUUUUGAUACCUGUAUUGUGCACUUCGGUUUAGUAUACAGAUACAGAGUGGGAGCAUUACAUUAUAGCCGUGGCUGUAUUAGUUUCCUUUAUAAUAUUCAUGUGUACUUUUUAUAUAUAUGUUCUAUAACUUAAACAUUGUAAAAAAAAAAGCAAAAAAUUUAAACUUCCAUCUACAUAUUGUGUGUGCUAACCUGAAGUGCAUAAUACAACUGUGAAAAAGCCGGCAACAUCACUGUGACUGUUCACUACUUCUGUGACAGAGCACAAGAAUGUGUGGUAGCACCCAGUAUGAAGAUGUGAAGUAUACUAAGUCCACAGCACUAUAAUAAAGCAAGGUAUACUUUAUUAGUUCAUCUUGGUACAAAGUAUAAACUAAAAAUGACGUUCUGGGCCUUACGCCCUUAAUCAUGCUACUUAAGCAUGAAUAAGGGUGUAAGGCCUGAAACUUUGCUUUGUAGUUUAUACUUUGUACCAAGAUCAACUAAUAAAGUAUACUUUGCUUUAUAAUGAUACUGUGGACUUUGUAUACAUGGUAUCGAGGGGUAACAGCAGUAGCCCCUUUUCCACGUGCACCCGUUUCCAGUAUUGAUGCUGUACACAGUUUGUGAAGUGUUAGUAUGAAGAUGUGGAGCUUUACCAACUGGUACCUGUAAAGGGUUAAAAUAAGAGAAUAGCUCUUAAGUGAGGCACAUGAGGAAAACAGUAGUUAUGGUGAGUAGAAACCAUUCUUUUCAAAUUGUGUCAAGCUGUUCAAAUGCCCCUUUAAUGCCAAAAGUGAUACAUUGUUUAUUGUUGGGUAUUAACAGCUGAAGUAAAAAUAUAAAGUAAAUUAGGAGGGGGGGGGGUAUGAAAUUAAUGCACAGUUAUCUGAAAAACUUACAUUUUAUUUGGCUUCAUUGAUAAAUAUGCACUAGAAAUUUAAGUUUGAUUUACUGUUCCAUUAUGCCACUCAUUAUCUCAAGUGAUAUUUUUUCUUUGCAAUGCAGCUGGUUUGCAGAAGUUUCUGGUGUUAAUAAUAUAAUGUUAUGUAGCAUUAAUCCUCUUAAAAAAGAGAGAAUUGAAUUGACACGUGAUUUACUUCUGUGGUGUCAUUGUGGGCAAUUUUACAACUUUUAGCAGUGGAGUUUGCACUAUUUAGAGAAGUGAACGAGAUAAAUAUUAUUCAGGAAUAUAAUAUAUGAAUCUAAUAAUCUGGCAGCAAACUGUAUGCUUAUACAAUACAGUAGUGCAGGUCGGAAAAGGAUUUUAGUUCAUUCAUAGAUAAGAUAUCAUUGUACCAAAAUAUGUUUCAAGGUAAAAACAAAACAUUUAUACACACAUGGAUUACGCAGCAAAUCGUAUCCCAUAAUACAAUAAUUGCACUAUGUAAAUAUAUAUAAAGUAUAUCAGUUUGUAUAUAGAGUGAUCAAGGGAGCAAUUAUAGGAGCGCCUAGACACUUAGCAAUAUUAAUAACCCCAUUUGAUGCCACAACUGAAACACAAUGUUCUGGUGGUCACUGGAUUAACAUAUGCAUUAUAAAUGUGUUUAAAGAGUUUAGUGCUAAUGGAAUGUAGUCAUACUGUAAAGUACAGAGACAUAACUAGAAUUCACUGGGCCCCAGGGCAAAUUCUGUGGCAGGGCCCCCCUCAUUUGAACAGCACCCCUUCCAAAGCAUAGCUACUGAGCAAUACAUAUAUAUAUAUAAUUAUACACACACAUAUACACAUAUCCACACACACAAACACAUAUACACACAUAUAUACAUAUACACACACUAUAUAUACACAUACACUAAUAAACACAUGUACUUAUAUAAACACAUACACACACAUAAACAUACAUAUACAAAGUAAUGCACAUACACACACAAAUAUAUACACACACACACAUGCAUACAUGGUCACACAAACACAUACAUAAACACACACAAACAUAUAUUCAAAGCAAAAUAGCUUCUUAAGAACAUCCAAUUGAAAGUGUGAUCAUUUAGUAAGAAAUAUCUACUAUUACAAAUUAUUUGAGGCAUCUUCACAUAUUACAAAUUACAAAACAGUAUCUAUAGAUGCUAAAUGCUAUAGAGCAACUUGAAGAGAAAAACAUUGCAUGCAUUGCCUGUCUGGCCUCACUUACCUCCGUUUGCAGAGAUAACAGCACACAGGGAAGCUGUAAUAGAUGGAAUGUGACUUGUACCGUGACCUACACAAGCUGCUCAGAUUAGAGGGAGCAGUAGCUGCAGGGCCCCUAAAAGGAUGGGCCCGGUAGCAGUGGCAAACCCUACUGCCCCUAUAGUUACGUUCCUGGUAAAGUGUAACAUAAAGAUAGGCAGAAACACUUAUUAAAUGUUUUUUUCUACAAGCCGUAAAUAUAAAGUAUUUUGUUCAGGAUAGUAAAAAACACAGAAUCUUGAAAAAAUUAACACUACGAUCAAGGGAGGCUAUUAAAAUUAAUAUUCAGUACACAGAGAUGUUAUCUUCUGGUGCUGCAGGAUAAACAUUUAGUUAUGUUAAAAAUUGUUUAAAGUGCGUUACAGUGUAUCUUCGUCUCACAUCAACCAAUGAGGAGCUUGCAUACAUGUGUAUGCUCUAAUAAUUUGCUGUAUCCUCAUUUGCAGCAGAAUGGGACUUAUUCCAGUACUGCAACUUCCGUGUUAACCCUUUUAAAGCACUAAGUUUUAGUAUUUUAUUUUUUUAGACUCUGCAAAGGGACGCAAUGCUCAAACAUUUAUUUACAUAAUCUAAAAUAGAAUGUUUUAAAAUGUAUUACAGUGCUUUGUGUUUUUGGAAAAUAGAUGUUCCUCUGCUAAAUAAAACCAACUUUUUCUGCGUGA